UCAGGUGAUUCAUUGCUCUGACGAGAACACCCCUAAUGAUGAACUUGUCCAGAGUCCACUGCGUUGCGACUACCAGCAGGAAAGAAGCUGUCUGGUGUGUCUCUGGAGUCCUUGGGCAUCUGCUGCCAUCCUCUCCCAUGGGAUCAGAAGGAUCAUACAGAGAUGGCUUUCCCUUGCUAUGACUAUGGUGACCAAUGUUCUCAAUGGGAGGGUGACACCAAAAGCAAUGGGCGAAAGGCUGCAGGCUGUGUCCAACGGUCUAUGGGUCACAAUGGGCUGUGAGGUAGCCAUAGUCCCACCUCAGGUUCCUCUCUCCAGUCCUGUUACUGCCAGUCAGAGGGCAGCAGCUCUCAGCUGCCUUAAAGAACUGGUGCGAAUGUACCGCUGUUCUAUUGGCCAAGGGACUGCACAUGGUGUGUGUGAAUGGAAGAUCUCCACUGCUGUUGAGAUGACUCUAAGAAAUGCAAGCAUGUUUCCCAACAGCAUUUUCCACAACAGUUGGAUGAAAGUAUCCAACUCAGACCAGCUCCCUCCAUUGACCCUUGGUGAGUCCACCAUGCUGGAACAAACUGUGCCACCAUUGGCAAGUCUUUUCCCUAAAGAAGCUGCCAUGAUGAGUGCAAAACCCAACCGUGCCCAACAGCUCAGAAAGAAAAGCCUGUAUCACAAACAGCGUAAUGCCUCCUCCACACUCUGCAUGGUCCCAGAGAUGCUCCUUAUCCACACAAUUGGCAGAUUUAUUUAUAAUAUCUACCCCCUGGAGGACUUCUCCCCAUGGACCGAGGAGGUUAUUGAAAACCGUGUGGAGGUGACGCGGCAACUUUCCUUCCUGGUCCAGGAGGCCUUGGCCAAAUCUACUAAGACCAAAGCCCUACAAAGAGAACUGAGGAAGCUCUCUGAGCCGAACCAGAACUGUGGCCCACUGGAGCUCCAGCUGGGAGAUCUGCUAUUCACCAACUUUCUGAAGCAGUUCUCUUCACAGCGCCCCCUGUCACCCGAGGCCUUCCUGGACAAUCACCAGCUUUGCUUGGAAGUGUCACUUAUGGUGAGCAGGGUGCUUCUCCAGCACUGGACCCCCAGGAUUUCUUUCUCCCCUGUCUGUGAGGUGCAGGAAAUCAGCCCGAGACUGAAGCGUUGCCAGGGGGGUGUCAUCCAACACUGGUCCUCAACAGACAACCUCCUAGUGCUUGCUGAUGAAGGUGAUGAGGAUCUGCACUUUGUGGGUACGUUUUCUAGAAUGCACCGGUGCCCCCUGGAGUGGUCAAACCCCCGGCACCUCCUUUUCCAACGUUAUCUUCUACAUCCUAUCCGCUAACCAAAAAAUCCUGUCCUCUGGACUACAUAACCUGCACACCGACCUGUCAACCCUGUCCACCAACCUGCCACCCCUUUAAGUGUGCAUACCCUGACAGUCACGUUGGCUCAGUCUAGGCCAACCUCUCAGCACAGGCCAGCACCGUCCACUCCUCCAUCGAGACAUGCACCGCCCAUGUCUCAGCAGAGGCCAGCAGCAUCCACUCCUCCAUCAGCCUGCUGCACUUUCCGGGACCUUGCCCAAGCUCCCUUGGUCUCUGCAUCUGUGUCUUCCCCAAUUUCCUUUUUUGUGUCCUCUUCCAUCAGUCUCCUUGUCUGUUCCAGGCCCCUUCUGCUCGUUGUUCCCUCUAGGGAUUUUGGGUCUUGUCCAAUGUGGAUGAUGUGGUCUUCUGGUCCCUCUUGUCUCCCCUUCUAUUUCCAUUUAGAGGGGUGGUACUGUGAGGUCUCGUCUCUCUUGUCCUGCCUGCUCAUUUUUCUUUGUCCUGCCCACCUGCGUUUUGGCCUCAACCUGCUUAUUGUCACUUCUGCCAGGCUGCCAUAUUUUCAGGUUCUUUUCUGUUUUCACCUCAGUGUGUUUUGUGU